AUGAAAUUUGAUCAAUUACCAAAUGAAAUAUUAAUUGAAUGUUUGGAAUAUCUUAAUACAUUUGAUAUAUUUUAUUCAUUUGAUCAAUUAAAUUAUCGUUUUAAUAAACUAAUUCGAAAUAUUUUAUUAAAGUUAAAUUUAUCAGAAAAAAAUCAAAAAUUAUUUCGAGAACUAUUCUAUGAAUUGACAAUUAAUUCACAACUUCGAAAUCAAAUUAUUUCAUUAAAAAUAUCAAAAACAUGUAAUCAAUUUUUUUCAUUAUUUUUAUUAACUGAUUUUUCUCGAUUACAAUUGUUAACAUUAAUUGAUCUUGAAGAUACAGAUAAUGAAGAAAAACAUUCGAUAUUAUUAUCAUUAUCAAAUUUUUAUAAUGGUUAUCCAAAUGAUCUAAAAUAUGAAACUUGUGAAAUAUUAUCGAAUGUAUUAUUAUCAAAAAUUCAAAUAAAAUUCCAUAAAAUAAUAUUUCUUACAUCAUUAACAAUUAAACGAUGUUAUUUCAAUGAUAUAUAUCAAUUAUUUAAAUAUGUACCUAUGCUUAACUAUUUACAUAUCGAAAGAUUUAAUUUUGCUCGGGAUAGAAGAAAUGAAAUAAAUCAUAUAUCAGUAUGUGCAUUUUAUUUCAAACAAUUUAUUGUUUAUUAUUCAGAAGUUGAUUUUGAUAUAUUCGAAUUCUUAUUAAAACAAACACCAAACUUAGAAAUAUUAACAAUAGAUAAUAGUUUUGUAGUGAAUAUGAUCGAUGAUAAACGUUGGCAAAAUUUAAUUCAAUCAUCAUUACAUCAUUUAAAGAUAUUCAAAUUUCAAUUCGUUGUUUCGAUUCAGAAGAAUAUUAUUUUAGAUCAAUUUCAAAAUGAUUUUUGGUCUAAGGAUCAUCAUUGGGAUGUUGUUUGUGGUGUUAAUUCAACUGAUACAACUUUUUUUACUAUACCAUAUCGAAAUAAUAAAUUUGAAUUAGAUUCCGAAACAAAAAUAUCUGGUAAUACAUUAAUCAAUAAAUUAAAAAUAUUUAAAUAUGUUACAGAGUUAUUUAUUGAUAUUUUAAAUGAAAAUUUUCAUGAUUAUUAUUUUGAAAAUGUUGAAUCAUUAAGCAUAUAUAAAAUAUCAAAUUAUUUGAAGAAAUCUCGUAUUGAUCAAAAACAAAAAGAGAAAUUUUUCGAAUCACUUCCAGUUAUCGUAAAUUUAUCUAAUCUUAAACAUUUGGAUAUUAUACGUAUCGGCGAUAUAAUAUCAUCAACUGAUUUAUUAAACAUAUUGAAAAAAGCACGAAAAUUAUCAUCAUUAGAAAUUAGAAAAUCUAGUUUAAUAUCAUUUCUUACUAAUGAUGAAUUAUGUCAAUAUUUGAAUGAAAUGAUUAGGAUAUUAAUUAUUAAUAAAUAUUAUGAUGAUCAAUUUAUUGAAUUUAAUGACUUGAAUAAGUUUUGUCAGGUAUUUUCGAAUAUCGAACAACUUCAAUGUGCAAUUGGUCACACUUCUGUUUUUCUCUACAUUAUAAAUCAUAUGACAAAAUUAAACGAUCUCAGAAUUAGAUUAUUCAAUGAUUUUAAUCAAAAUUCAUUGAUGUCGUUGAAAACGAUGGCAUUAAACUUAAACAUAAACUGUACUUUUGUAUAA